UUUCCUGGUUGGCGUUGGAUGACGGUGUGCUUCAGCAAUGGAGGGUGAAGCUGUGAAAGCGAUCCUGUUUGACUUGGACAACACGCUGGUGGACACGAGUCGCGCCGGAGAGGAGGCGCUGAAGGAGACUGGGGAGCUUCUGAAGUCCAAACUGAACCUGGACGACGACACAAUCUGCAGCAUUUGUGAUAAGUUCAAGCUGAAGCUGCUGUGUGAGAGCCCCGACCGGCCGCCCGGCACCUCGCAGGACGACAUCCGCGUGCGCCACUGGGCGGAAAGCAUCGCAGAGACGACAGGAAGCAGUGCCGCAUCCGAUCUGGCUUCUCGGUGCUACUAUUUGUGGAAGAACAGGCGGCUGGAGCUUCUGUGCCUGACCCCGGAAGUGCGCGACCUGCUGAGGCAGCUUCGCGCCCGGUACAAGCUGCUGUUGCUCACCAACGGCGACGCUCGGACUCAGAGGGAAAAGGUGGAGGCGGCCGAAUGCGAGGAGUUCUUCGAUGCCGUGGUGAUCGCCGGAGAUCACGCCGAGCAGAAGCCGUUCCCGUCCGUCUUCCAGCUGUGCUUCGGGAUGCUACAGGUGGAGGCGCAGGACUGCGUCAUGGUGGGCGACUCUCUGGACACGGACAUCCAGGGCGGGGUUAACGCCAAAGUUCGUGCCACGGUGUGGAUUCACAGAGCGGACGGGUCUGAGCUGGACGGUCCGGUGAAACCAGACUUCACUGUCCCGUCUGUUCUGGACCUGCCGGCCGUCCUGGCACAGCUGCAGUGAUGUGAAUGUGAACAGAUUGCUUCUUAAACCUCCAUGUUUACAAAUAUUUUCAUAUUUUAUCAAUUUUUUAACACGACAAUGAGUGAAUCAUGAAGAGGUGUGCUGAAGUUUACCUCCAAAAAGUGGGCAUUAAAGUCGUUAACAUGAAGAUUUAAUUAUUUACCUGUUUUUGUUCAGUGGUCGAGUGAUUAUACAACUUAGAUCAGUAAAUAAGCUAGAAGUAACAAGAAUGGAAGAGUUCAUUGAACUCGUUCAUUUCCAGGCAGAAGCUUUUAUAUGCAGGGUUUCCCUCAGUGUACUAUAAGCCUGGCGGGCCACCAGGCUUUACUUGUGCCCCCGCCAGGCUUAGCAAUGCUAAUUUAUUAGUUUUUCUUUUGAUUUCCCAUUAAAUGUUAUUUUAACAACAUUUUAAUCUGAUUAAAAUGUUAUAACUUGAUAUUGUGACUAU